AUGUUCUUCUUUCUUUCUUUCUUUCUUUCUUUCUUUCUUUCUUUCUUUCUUUCUUUUCUCGCCUUUUCCUUUCCAUAUUUCUGUCUUUCUUUCGGUUCUACGCUCUCUAAUAAUUUCGUUCUUCCUUUCUUUCAUUUUCUAAAUUUUUUUCUUUCUUUGUUUCUUGUUUUUGUUUUUUCUUUCUUUGUCAAACCAACUUUUUAUUCCUUACUCCGGCAAUUCCAUAUCUGUUUCUUCCAUUCAUUUGUCUUUCCGUCUUUAUUUCUUUCUCAUUUUUUCUUAUUUUUCUCUUCCCUUUUAUUUAAUCUUUUUACUUGUAUUCUUCUUUCUUUCUUUCUUUCUUUCUUUCUUUCUUUCUUUCUUUCUUUCAUGACUUUAUUCUUCAUUGAUUUUAUUCUCUCUUCCUAUCAUUUCGUCUCUUUCUUUUUUUCUUUUAAGGACCUGAGGGUAACGCCACGGCAUUUAAAGGCGUCCACUUCUUCCAGUUUCCUACAAGAAAAUACGGUCAGCACUGUUUCUCAAAGUCUCAUAUUCAUUCCCUAUCUAUCUAUCUAUCUAUCUAUCUCAUAUUCAGUCCCUAACUAUUUAUCUAUCUAUCGGUUCAUAUAUGUCUGUCUCUCUAUCGAAAUCUAUCUAUCUAUCUAUCUAUCUAUCUAUCUAUCUCAUAUUCAAUCCCUAACUAUUUAUCUAUCUAUCGGUUCAUAUAUAUCUGUCUCUCUAUCGAAAUCUAUCUAUCUAUCUAUCUAUCUAUCUAUCUAUAUAUCUAUCUAUCUAUCUAUCUAUCUCAUAUUCAUCUGUUCUCAUCUAUCUAUCUAUCUAUCUAUCUAUCUAUCUAUCUAUCUAUCUAUCUAUCUAACCCAUAUUCAUCUGUUCACAUCUAUCUAUCUAUCUAUCUAUCUAUCUAUCUAUCUAUCUAUCUAUCUAUUCACUAGCCCUACCUUAUCUAUCUAUCUAUCUAUCUAUCUAUCUAUCUAUCUAUCUAUCUAUCUAACCCAUAUCCAGUCCCUAUCUAUCUAUUUCAUAUUCAGUCUCUAUCUAUCUAUCUAUCUAUCUAUCUAUCUAUCUAUCUAUCUAUCUAUCUAUCUCUAUAUAUCUCUGUUCAUCUAUCUAUCUAUCUAUCUAUCUAUCUAUUCUAACCCAUAUCCAGUCCCUAUCUAUCUAUUUCAUAUUCAGUCCCUAUCUAUCUAUUUCUAUCUAUCUAUCUAUCUAUCUAUCUAUCUAUCUAUCUAUCUAUCUAUCUAUCUCUUAGCAGCCCUACCUUAUCUAUCUAUCUAUCUAUCUAUCUAUCUAUCUAUCUAUCUAUCUAUCUAUUCUAUCUAUUCCGUAGCCCUAUCUAUCUAUCUAUCUAUCUAUCUAUCUAUCUAUCUAUCUAUCUAUCUAUCUAACCCAUAUCCAGUCCCUAUCUAUCUAUUUCAUAUUCAGUCUUUAUCUAUCUAUCUAUCUAUCUAUCUAUCUAUCUAUCUAUCCCGUAUUGUUUCCUCCGUUUCUUCCCGCCAACUCGAUGUCCAUAAUGUCCGCCAUUUUCCAUUUCUUCUUCUUAUCUCACGCUCUCUUUUAGUCAUCUUUUUUUUAUCACUUUUUUGCGUAUUUGCGAAUUAUUUGGCGUCGGUGUUUUUUUUUUUUUUUAUUCAUUCCUAUUUUUCAUACUUUGUAUUGUUUUGUCUUCUUUUUCUUUUAGAUUUGCAAUUUUUUUUAUCUUUUCUUCCAAAUGUUGAUUUUUUUUUCGUUUUGCUUUCUUUCUUCUUUUUGUUUUUCUUUCUUGCUUUCUUUCUUUCACUUCUUUCAUAUCUGUUACGGUUUCCUGGUUUUUCUUUCAGUUGUACUUUAUCCUUCAUUCGAACAGACGUUCAUUUCGUUUCAUUCAUAUCUGUGCGUAUAUUUUUCUUUCUUUCUUUCAUUCUUUCUUUCUUUCUUUCAUUCUUUCUUUCUUUCUUUUGCUAUGCCCCCAGUUAUUCUUCCUACUUUUUCAUUCUUUCUUUUUAUUUGAUUUUUCCUCGAAUUCUUUUCUUUCUUUCUUUCUUUCUUUCUUUCUUUCUUUCUUUCUUUUAA